AUGGCGGGCUACCUGUGCCCCGCCGCCUACCCGGCCGCCGAGGAGCGCGAGUUCCUGCAGGCCUACGAGGACGUGCUGGAGCGGUACAAGGAUGAGCGAGACAAAGUCCAAAAGAAAACUUUCACAAAAUGGAUAAACCAGCAUCUCAUGAAGGUUCGCAAACACGUGAAUGACCUCUAUGAAGACUUAAGGGAUGGACACAGCUUGAUCUCCCUCCUAGAGGUUCUUUCUGGGGACACCUUGCCCAGGGAGAAAGGUCGAAUGCGCUUUCACAGACUGCAGAAUGUACAAAUUGCACUGGACUAUUUGAAAAGACGCCAGGUGAAGUUGGUGAACAUCAGGAACGAUGACAUCACGGAUGGCAACCCCAAACUGACACUCGGGUUGAUAUGGACAAUAAUUUUGCACUUUCAGAUCUCUGACAUCCAUGUGACGGGAGAGUCGGAGGACAUGUCUGCAAAGGAGAGGCUGCUGCUUUGGACUCAGCAGGCCACUGAGGGCUAUGCCGGGGUCCGGUGUGAAAACUUCACCACUUGCUGGAGAGAUGGAAAACUAUUCAACGCCAUCAUUCAUAAAUACAGGCCGGACCUGAUAGACAUGAAUACUGUUGCUGUUCAAAGCAACCUUGCAAAUUUAGAGCACGCUUUCUAUGUAGCUGAGAAAAUUGGUGUAAUAAGACUUCUGGAUCCUGAAGAUGUGGAUGUCUCUUCACCUGAUGAGAAGUCAGUAAUAACAUACGUGUCCUCUCUCUAUGACGCCUUCCCGAAAGUGCCCGAAGGUGGUGAAGGCAUCGGUGCAAAUGAUGUUGAAGUCAAAUGGAUCGAAUACCAGAACAUGGUGAACUACCUCAUGCAGUGGAUCAGACACCACGUGACCACAAUGUCUGAGAGAACAUUUCCUAAUAACCCUGUAGAGCUGAAGGCACUUUAUAAUCAGUAUUUACAGUUUAAAGAAAAAGAAAUUCCACCAAAGGAGUCAGAAAAAUCCAAAAUUAAACGCUUAUAUAAGUUAUUAGAGAUUUGGAUAGAAUUUGGGCGUGUCAAACUCCUCCAAGGCUAUCAUCCAAAUGACAUAGAAAAGGAGUGGGGCAAGCUCAUCAUCGCCAUGCUGGAGAGAGAGAAGGCACUGCGCCCCGAAGUGGAGAGGUUGGACAUGCUGGUGCAGAUUGCCCACCGCGUCCAGAGAGACAGCAUCCUCUGCGAAGACAGACUGGGCCUGGCCCGGAACGCACUCCAGUCUGAUUCCAAAAGACUAGAAUCAGGGCUGCAGUUUCAGAAUGAAGCCGAGAUUGCCGGGUACAUCCUUGAGUGUGAAAAGCUCUUACACCAGCAUGUGAUUGACACGCAGAUUCUUCUUGAUGGAAAAUACUACCAGGCAGAUCAGUUGGUACAGAGGGUCGCUAAGCUCCGUGAUGAAAUUUUGGCCUUAAGGAGUGAGUGUGCCUCAGUGUACAGCAAAGGACGCAUGCUGACCACAGAACAAACAAAGCUCAUGAUAUCAGGAAUCACUCAGAGCUUAAAUGCGGGAUUGGCACAGACCUUAAACCCUUGUCUGAACUCAGGGCUGACCCAGAGUUCAACCCCUUCCCUGACCUCUUCCAGUGUGACUUCGGGCCUUUCCUCAGGGCUGACAUCCCGCCUCACUCCCUCAGUCACCCCAGUAUAUGCUCCUGGUUUUCCAGUGGGAUUAGUUCCAAAUUUCAGUUCAGGAGUUGAGCCAGCCUCCUUGCAGACUCCGAAACUGAUGCAGAUCCGAAAACCGCUCAUGAAGUCAGCUCUGAUGGAUCAGAAUUUAACAGAAGAGGAAGUCAACAUGAAAUUUGUCCAGGAUCUUUUGAACUGGGUUGAUGAGAUGCAGGUGCAGUUGGACCACACCGAGUGGGGCUCAGAUUUGCCAAGUGUUGAGAGCCAUUUAGAAAAUCAUAAAAAUGUUCACCGAGCUAUUGAAGAAUUUGAAUCUAGUCUUAAAGAAGCAAAAAUCAGUGAGAUUCAAAUGACAGCACCUCUUAAGUUAACUUAUGCAGAGAAGUUGCACAGAUUAGAGAGUCAGUAUGGAAAACUCUUGAAUACAUCUAGGACUCAGGAGCACCACCUCGACACGCUUCAUAAUUUUGUAACUCGGGCAACUAAUGAACUUAUCUGGUUGAAUGAAAAAGAGGAGGAGGAAGUUGCUUAUGACUGGAGUGAGAGAAAUACCAACAUAGCUCGGAAAAAAGAAUAUCAUGCUGAAUUAAUGCGAGAACUUGAUCAAAAGGAAGAAAAUAUUAAAUCAGUCCAGGAGAUAGCAGAUCAGCUACUUCUAGAAAAUCACCCAGCCCGUUUGACUAUUGAGGCCUACAGAGCAGCCAUGCAGACACAGUGGGGCUGGAUCUUACAACUUUGCCAGUGUGUGGAGCAGCACAUCAGAGAGAACGCUGCAUACUUUGAGUUUUUCAAUGAUGCCAAAGAAGCUGCUGAUUACUUGAGGAAUCUGAGAGAUACUGUCCAGCGGAAGUACAGCUGUGACCGAUCAAGCAGCGUCCACAGGCUGGAAGACCUCGUUCAGGAGUCCAUGGAAGAGAAAGAACAACUCCUGCAGUAUAAGAGUACAGUAGCCAGCCUGGUGGGCCGAGCAAAAACAGUAAUUCAGCUGAGACCAAGGACUCCCGAUUAUCCACUCAAAACCUCUGUCCCCAUCCAGGCUCUCUGUGACUACAGACAGAUUGAGAUAACUAUUUACAAAGAUGACGAGUGUGUGCUGGCAAACAACUCUCACCGUGCCAAGUGGAGGGUCAUCAGCCCAACAGGGAACGAGGCAAUGGUCCCUUCCGUGUGCUUCACUGUGCCUCCACCCAACAAAGAUGCAGUCGACUUUGCAAACAGAAUUGAGCAGCAGUAUCAGAAUGUCCUGGCUCUUUGGCAUGAGUCUCACAUAAACAUGAAGAGUGUGGUAUCCUGGCAUUACCUUCUCAGUGAAAUUGACAAGAUACGAGCAAGCAGCGUGGCUUCAAUCAAGACCAUGCUGCCCGGUGAGCAUCAGCAAGUCCUCAGUAAUCUGCAGUCUCGGUUUGAAGAUUUCCUGGAAGAUAGCCAAGAAUCUCGGGUGUUUUCAGGCUCUGAUAUAACACAGCUAGAAAAGGAGGUUAACGUGUGCAAGCAGUACUAUCAAGAACUCCUUAAGUCUGCAGAAAGAGAGGAACAAGAGGAGUCCGUUUAUAAUCUCUAUAUCUCUGAAGUUCGGAACAUCAGACUUCGCCUGGAAAGCUGUGAAGAUGGGUUGAUCAGGCAGAUCCGAACCCCCCUGGAACGAGAUGACCUACGUGAGAGUGGAUUCCGAAUCACAGAGCAGGAGAAACUAAAGAAAGAGCUGGAGCGACUUAAAGAUGACUUGGCAACAAUCACAAAUAAAUGUGAAGAAUUUUUCAGUCAAGCAGCUGCCUCUCCCUCUGUACCCACCCUGCGGUCCGAGCUGAGCGUGGUUCUUCAGAGCAUGAACCAUACCUACUCCAUGUCCUCCACUUACAUAGAGAAGUUGAAAACCAUUAAUUUAGUAUUGAAAAAUACUCAAGCUGCAGAGGUUCUUGUAAAACUCUAUGAAAGCAAACUCUGUGAAGAAGAAGCAGUUGUGGCUGACAAGAACAAUAUUGAGAAUCUAAUGAGCACUCUAAAGCAAUGGCGAUCUGAAGUGGACGAGAAGAGGGAGGUGUUCCACUCUUUGGAGGAUGAGCUGCAGAAAGCAAAAGCUAUUAGUGAUGAAAUGUUCAAGACAUACAAAGAACGGGACCUUGAUUUUGACUGGCACAAAGAAAAGGCAGACCAGUUAGCUGAGAGGUGGCAGAAUGUUCACAUGCAGAUCGACAACAGGCUGCGGGAUCUGGAGGGCAUCGGGAGAUCACUGAAGAACUACAGAGACACCUAUCACCCGUUAGACGACUGGAUCCAACAGGUUGAAACUGCGCAGAGAAAGAUUCAGGAAAAUCAGCCUGAAAACAGCAAAACUUUAGCCACACAGUUGAACCAACAGAAAAUGCUGGUGUCUGAGAUAGAAAUGAAACAGAGCAAAAUGGACGAGUGCCAAAAAUAUGCAGAGCAGUACUCCGCAACAGUGAAGGACUAUGAAUUACAAACAAUGACCUACCGGGCCAUGGUAGACUCUCAACAGAAAUCCCCUGUGAAGCGCCGCAGAAUGCAGAGCUCUGCGGAUCUCAUUAUUCAAGAGUUCAUGGACCUGCGGACUCGGUACACUGCCCUGGUCACUCUCAUGACCCAGUAUAUUAAAUUUGCUGGUGACUCACUGAAGAGGCUGGAAGAAGAGGAGAAGUCUCUGGAAGAAGAAAAGGAAGAACAUGUUGAAAAAGCCAAAGAAUUGCAGAAAUGGGUGUUAAACAUAAGCAAGACCUUAAGGAACGGAGAGAAGGCUGGGAAACCUCUCUUCUCUAAGCAGAAGAUUUCCAGUGAGGAAAUAUCAACCAAGAAGGAACAAUUAUCUGAAACACUUCAAACCAUGCAACUCUUUCUGGCUAAACAUGGAGACAAGAUGACGGAAGAAGAAAGACUCGAACUGGAAAAACAAGUGAAAACUCUUCAAGAAGGUUAUAAUUUAUUAUGUAGCGAGUCUCUGAAGCAGCUGCAAGGAUCACAACCUUUGGGAGAUGUGAUGAUGGAUGAGAAGCUGGGGAGAGUGAUUGCGGGCACCAUUGACCGGACAACUGGAGAAGUCCUCUCAGUGUUCCAGGCUGUUCUGAAGGGGCUCAUUGAUUUUGACACGGGGGUCAGGUUGCUUGAGACACAGCUAAUGGUUUCUGGCUUAAUUUCACCAGAAUUAGGAAAGUGCUUUGACCUCCACGGUGCCAAAAGUCAUGGCCUUAUUGAUGAGCAGUUCCUGUGCCAACUUGAAGAAGUAAACAAAGCCAAGCAGGUUAUUUCUGCAGUGCCAUCCACCACGAUCCCUGUCCUAGACGCCCUGGCUCAAGGUCUCGUGUCAGAAGCCGUGGCCAUUAAAGUUCUGGAGAUGCUGCUUGCCUCGGGUGUUCUGGUUGCUCCAGCCACGGGGGAACGGUGGACUCUACAGAAGGCUUUGCAGCAGAACUUGAUCUCCUCAACACUGUUUGCAAAGGUGCUGGAAAGGCAGCACAUGCACAGAGAUCUUAUUGAUCCUUGGACCUCUGAGAAGGUAUCCUUACUGGAUAUGGUGCAAAGAAGUAUUUUACAGAAAGACACUAGGAUGUGGCUUCUUCCGGUGAGAUCACAAGAAGGAGGGAGAAUAACAUUAAAAUGUGGGAGAAGCCUGAGCAUUUUGAGAGCAGCCCAUGAAGGUCUCAUAGACAGAGAGACCAUGUUCAGGUUACUGGGUGCACAGCUUCUCUCUGGUGGUCUGAUUGAUUGCAACUCUGGUAAAAAAAUGACUAUAGAAGAAGCCAUGGCAGCUGGGGUGAUUGACAGAGACACUGCCCACGGCAUUCUCAUGUACCAGAUUCAGACAGGUGGAAUCAUCCGUGCAAACCCUGCAGAGCGCCUGACGGUGGACGAAGCCGUCCAAUGUGACCUCAUCACUUCCAGCAGUGCUCUCUUGGUCCUCGAGUCUCAGCGGGGCUAUGUUGGGCUCAUUUGGCCCCACUCAGGUGAAAUAUUCCCAACAUCAUCAUCUUUGCAUCAAAACCUGAUUACAAAUGAGUUGGCUUACAAAAUCCUGAAUGGCAGGCAGAAAAUAGCUGCCCUUUAUAUCCCAGAAAGCUCUCAAGUCAUUGAUUUGGAUGUUGCUAGGCAGCUAGGAAUUAUAGGUGAUAGCACAGCAUCAGUCUUAAAGAACAUAAUACUACCAGAUAAAAUGCCAGACUUAGGAGAUUUAGAAGCUUCUAAAAAUGCUAGAAGAUGGCUCUCAUUUUGUAAAUUCCAUCCAUCUACAGUUCAUGAUUACAGGCAAGAAGAAGAUGCCUUGGAUGGUGAAGAGCCAGCAGCACCUCAGAGCUCAGAACAAACCAGAAGGUUAUUCCUAUCUUACUUGAUGGUUAAUAGCUACAUGGAUGCAAACACAGGGAAGCGGCUUCUGCUGUACGAUGGAGACUUGGAUGAGGCUGUAAGUAUGCUGCUGCAGGGCUGCAGCGCAGAGCCGGAUGCCGCGGUCGAUGCCGGGCUGCAGGGCUGUGUCACAGAGCCGGAUUCCGCUGUUGAUGCCGGGCUGCAGGGCUGCGUCACAGAGUUGGAGAAGGAUGUACUAGAGAAAGGAAAGCUUGAAGCCAUGACUUUCCUUCAUGAAUUUCUUAAUUUUCCAAGUGAAGAAAAGGAUGAGUGUUCAGCCUCACUAACUGGUGUUGCUAAAGGUCACUUCAAAGACCUUGAACAGCAAGAGACUUGUGAAAACAGAAAGUGUGCUAUGAAGGCAGAGUUUGGUGAAAUGGGAAAUAAUUUUAGUUGUAGUGAAAUAUAUCAGUCAGAAAACCUGGAAAAUACAAUAACAAGCAGUCAGAAAGUUAAUAAUUCAGCUGGUAUGUGUGUCCCCAAUCCUGUAUCCUACCUACCACUGAUGGGACUUGAAAAAACUGGCAAACUUAGACAUGACUCUGAAAACAGACCCAAAACCUGUGGAAACCAAAGUCAGCUCGAAACAAAGGACCAUGGAGAUCUCUGUGGCUAUUCUAACAUUGCAGGUGACCUGAUAACAGACCCUGUGGUGAAAUCAAAGACUUGUAGACUCUGGGAGCUGAGUGAGAGAGAGAACGAGGAUGCUGCAGAUGAGGAGUCGUCUUUCUUUGACUACUCUCCAAGGCUGAGUGCCUUGCUCAGUCAUGAUAAACUGAGGCACAAGCACAGAGACUUCCAUGGUGGACACACCCCAGAGAACAAGGAAAACAAAUGUGAAGCCUCUACAUUGUCAUUCAGUGACGAGCACAUGUUGGCAGAUCAAAGAAUGGGAGAAUGUUUUCAAGACCAGUUCCUGGGAAUUGCAGCAAUUAACCUCAGCCAGGGAAAUCACUCUGACGAUAGACCUUUAAACAUGGAUCUUAACAGUCCUCAAGAAUGUCGUGAUGUCAAAUACAUGUCAGGUAUUUGUGGUGAGAGCGGACAUCUUCCUAGUAUUUCUCAGAAGAAAUCCAAAGAAAAUCAACCUGACCUGGAAGCGGAAGAGUCCUGGACCCAAAGUCUGCGGUACGAUUUGGGUAAUGGCAACACAUCUGUUUCCGACAUGCUGUUGCAUGCAGGAACCAUCAGUGCAGGGGAUUAUGAAACGUCCCUGCUGGAUGAGCCACAGAGUGCGACGGGGACCGACACGGACAGUGACAGUUUCUAUGGCACUCCCUUGUGUGAGGAUGGUGACCAUGAUUCUCUGCUGCUUGAAGGCCAUGACGGCGACUGUUUGCGGCCUGAGGACUGUGACAUCAUGGAAGAGGAAAGCGGUGAGACCUCUCCUCCUGGAGAUGCGUUCUGUGACUCAGAAGAGAGCGAGUGCUCUGUGGAUCCCCUCGGGGGACAAGGUGACAGCUCAAGUGGGAGGGGUAAGGCGCGGUGUCCUUGGGCUCUUCUCUGCGGUGGUGAGAGAGACGAGUCCCAUGUUGAUGGCAGAGAACUUUCAAGCUCAGUUGGCUCAGAAGAGGCACGGGUGCUGUCCAUAGAAGCUGUCCACAGGGACGACGCCGAGGACUGGGGAGGUGAUGGGUCUGGCUCCUUGGUCAGUCACGAAACCGCCGGAAGGAAAGAGAGCACUGGUGCUUCCUCGGGAUGGGCUGGCACUGGUAGCUGGAGAGGGAGAAAAGAAGAGUAUGAAAGUGGGCAAGGGUCCCAGGCUGGUACGGGUCAUUUAGAUUCUGUGCAAAGGGAAGAAAGUUUCGAGGAUUGUGUAUGUGACAGUAAUGAUCAGGAAGAUGAUGACAGUGACUACUGUGAUGAUGGUGGGGGUGAUGAAGGAGGAGGUAUCGGAGCUGAGAUUCGAGAGUCCAUGUCCCAGGUGGAAGCAGAACGUGGUACUCACUUGUGUGCCACGGCUGUAAGGGAAGGCCAGCAGACCAACAAAAUGAUUCUGGAUGAAAUGUACAGUUACAGUUCUGUGAAACUGCAUAGUGUAAAUGCUUUACAGCAAGAAGCAACUCAUGCAAGUAGCUUAGCUACUGAAACAUGUAGCCUUCCAGAAUGUGAAACCGAGACUGUUGGAGAAACCAAAGACAGUCUGUUGAGUCAUGAGAUAGUCCUUCAAGAUAGAUUGCCACCGGUCACUGAAGACACUGGAUCAGAAAAGCACUUUACUCCUGCAGGUGCAUUACACACUACCAGUUCUACCUGUGAGUUAGCUAAUGAUUGGAUGCACAUACAUGUCAAGUCAGUGGAAAGACCAGAAUCUGCCCACUGUGUGAAAGAUGGUGAUCAGUAUCGAGAGAGGGCGGUAUGUUCUGAGCCUGAGUGGGCAGGAAUACCUUUUGAGGAAUGCCAGUUUUUACCCACAGCUGAGAUUGACAGAGAUUGCCAAGGAAGCAGAAAAGGCCCAGUUCUAGAGGAAGGUGGGGAAAGCAAUGUGUUAACAGAAGAGAGAACAUCAGUUCAGAAAAUGGGCACCGGUGGAGGAGAACUCCUGGACUAUCCAGAAGAUGAAGAAAAAUACCCUGAACUUUCACUGAAUAAAAGCACAAGAGAGAGUCUUGAUUUAGUUGAGAGUCGGUUUCCAUUUCCACAUUUCACAAAUGUUGAGGAAUUUAAUCAAAAAGGGAGUCUUAAAGCAACAAGUAUAACUCCUAAAGAUGAAGCAAAGAGUGUACAGACAAAGAUUAGUAAAAGUCCUGUUCAAUAUGUGAAUCUUGAGGAAAUAUUUGACACCUCAGUUUCCAAAGUGAUCAGUGAUGGCAUUGCUUUAGAUAUUACAGUGUCUAAAGGGAAUAAUGGUUCUGAGAAAGAUUCCUUCACUGAAGGACCCAAGGAAGAGCUUGAGCUCUCUACUCCUUUAAAACUUUGUGCUAGAAAUGUAGAAGCACAAAUUGGACUGGAGCAAAACAAAGAUAGGCCGAGCCACACCUUCGAAGCUGCGUGUUCUGAGAAAGAUUUCCGUAGUGCAGAGGAGUCAGCCCCUACUCAAGCCCACUGGGCUGUAAGUGAGAUAGCCCAGCAUGGUGAUCUUUGUGCUGAAGAAAGAGUCUCCCAAGGACGAAUAGAGAUCCCUCAGUUCACUGCAAAAAGUAAUGAAGCCACACUUCCAGUUCCACCUCUUAGGGGAAAUACCGAUUUUGGGCAGUCAAAGUUCUGCCUGAAGGGUGUGGAAAAUGACUCCACUAACACUUUGGACAUGGGCAGUUGUUCGAUGAAAACUAACAAUAGGAAAGAAAGAGCUGAUUUACAGCUCCCGAAAGAACUACCCUUGUCUCCAGGAGCUCAAGAAAAGGAAGCUCAUAUUCCUCAAUUGUCAGAGGUGCUCAUGGAAGAGGUAAAGAGCAUCUUAAAAAGCAGAUUGACUCAAGGGUGUAUGAAUCCUCAAGAGAUGGGAGACACUCCAGCUUGUGCAGAUGCUAAGAUUUUAAUUCAGAACUUGAUUCAAAGUGUUGUCUCAUCACAGUGGAUGAGUGAAGCAUCUGGUGUGCCCAUUAACUGUAGUAUCAUUGACUGCUCUGGAUCCCCCAUGCGAACCUCAUCAGAACCAAGGCCAGAGGGUACCAGUGACCCUUUCUGCAUUACAAAUCUGACGUUUGAACUUCUCCUCGAUAUGCUGAGACAAAAUCAGUAUAACCAGAAAAUUAUUGGAGCCUUGGAGUUGAUGAGAGAACUCGCCCCAGCUGACUGGGCUCUGGAGAGGGGAGCUGCUCCACCCCGAGUAUCUCCCCUGGAACUCGGAGGCCUUUUCUCCAGGUUGCUGGCUGCUGGGCCUUCAGUGACAGGAGGUGGGCUCGGAGACAUGAAUCAAAAGGCAUGCCCGCCCUCUGCAGUGGGGGGAGAAGAGCCACACAUUCCCGCUGACCUAAAGCUCAAAGAGGAAAACGACUGUCUCCUUACCUUACCAUCCAUAAAAAAAUCUGGACUAGAAAAUUCUCCCAUGAGUGUUUCAGCGUUGCCAAGAGAUAAGAGGCCGGAGGGGUCACGUGAUGUUUUGUCAGACCAUUUGGAUUGUGCUCCUGGGUUGAAAGAAACGCCUUCCAGAGAUAGCUUAAUGGGAAAAUUUUCCAGUGAAUUACAGCAAUGUGUGCAGCACACUGAAAAAAUGCAUGAGUAUCUGGCUUUGCUUCAAGAUCUGAACCCCCCACUAGACAACCAGGAUUCUGUGGGUAACAAUCUAGAAGCUUUAAAGAUUCAACUUAAACAGCUGGAGACAUUUAAAUUAGGAUUGGCUCCGAUUGCUGUGCUUUUAAGAAAAGAUUUGAAGCUGGCAGAAGAGUUCUUGAAGUCUCUUCCCAGUGACUUUUCCAGAAGACAUUGUGAGGAAUUGAGUGCCAGCCACCACAGGCUGCAGGCUACCUUUACUUCCCUCAGCAAUGCGUGCUCAGAAAGAAUACAGCAUAUCAUGCUUGCGAUUGACUCUGAAAUGUCUAAACUAGCCAUUUCCCAUGAAGACUUCCUGCGUAAACUUCAGUCCUUCUCAGACUGGGUGUCAGAGAGGAGUGGCGCUGCACGGGCCAUCGGGGCCGUGGAUGCCCGGGACACUGAACAUGGGAAGAAAAGCUUGGCAUUUCUGAAGGCAACGAUGAAAGACCUGGAGCGUGCCAAAGCUCAGCUGGAGGCAGCAGCCUUCGAUGUCCAGCUCUUCAUCUCUGAGCACGCCCCGGAUCUGUCUCCCGGCCAGAGCAGGCAGCUGCUGAGGUUCCUGAACGCCACUCAGAAGUGCUUUCUCGACGCACAGGAGUCUGUGGCGGCCCAGGUGGAAAGCUUAGAGACCCAGUUACAGCUCGAGCAGGACCGUGACGACCAGAAGGUGGUGGCUGAGCGUCAGCAGGAGUACAAAGAAAAACUCCAGGGGGUGUGCGACCUCCUCACCCAAACUGAAAACCGUCUGAUCGGCCACCAAGAAGCCUUCGUGACUGGAGAUGGCACAGUAGAGUUGAAGAAGUACCAGUCCAAGCAAGAGGAAUUACAGAAAGAUAUGCAAGGAAGUGCACAGGCAUUGGCAGAAAUAGUGAAAAACACAGAAAACUUCCUAAAAGAGAGCGGUGGGAAGCUGUCCCAGGAAGACAAGGCUCUGAUUGAGCGGAAGCUGAGUGAAGCGAAGGCCAAGUGUGAGCAGCUGCAUGUGAAGGCGGAGCAGUCAAGGAAGGAGCUGGACAAGGUCCUGACAACGGCGCUCCAGGAGGAGACAGAAAAGGUUGCAGCUGCUAGGCAGCUAGAAGAGAACAAAACUAAAAUCGAAAACCUUCUGGACUGGUUGGACUCUGAAAAGGCAGGGAAGGAACACACUCAGGGUAUCCAGCAGAAUGGGACCCAUUUUCAGGAAGUCAAUGGCAAGUCAGAGGUUGGAGAGGAGGACGAAGUCAAUGGGAACUUGCCUGGAACCGAUGCCAGUCGGCAAGUUGUGGGCACUGAGCAGCUUCUGGACCAGCAGUACCAGAAGGUCAAGGCCCAGCACGAGAAGCUCGUGGCUCAGCACCAAGCUGUCAUCAUUGCCACGCAGUCUGCACAGUCACUUCUUGAGAGGCAGGGCCAUCUCCUGGCCCCUGAGGAGAGGAAGAAGCUGCAGCAAAACAUGAAAGCCCUGAAAGCUCAUUACGAGACGGCGUUGACCGAGGCAGAGAGGAGGGUGAAGCUGACGCACUCUCUUCAGGAAGAGCUGGAGAAGUUUGAGGCGGACCACAGUGAGUUUGAACACUGGCUGGAGCAGUCGGAACAGGAGCUGGAGAACCUGGAGGCUGGGGCGGACGACUUCAGCGGUUUGAUGGCCAAGCUGAAGAGGCAGAAGAGUUUCUCUGAAGAUGUGAUUGCUCACAAAGGCGACUUGAGGUACAUCACCAUGUCAGGAAACAGGGCCUUGGAAGCUGCCAGGUCCUGUGGCCGGGGAGACCAGGGCAGCAUCGACACCUCUGCUGCCCACAGGGAGGUGCAGAGCAAGCUGGACCAGGCCACCGACCGCUUCAGGUCCCUCUACACUAAGUGUAGCGUCCUUGGAAAUAACCUUAAAGACCUGGUGGAUAAAUAUCAGCACUACGAAGAUGCUUCCUGUGGACUUCUUUCUGGGCUCCAGGCCUGUGAGGCUGCCGCAAGUAAACAUCUCUGUGAACCUAUUGCUGUGGACCCCAAAAAUCUACAAAGGCAGCUAGAAGAGACCAAGGCUCUGCAAGGACAGAUCUCCAGUCAGCAGGUAGCAGUAGAGAAGCUGAAGAAGACUGCUGACAUGCUUCUCGACGCCGGAGGGGUCUUGCUUCCAGCCAGGAACGACAUCCAGAGAACAUUGGACGACAUCGUCGGGAGAUAUGACGAUCUGUCCAGGUCUGUGAACGAGCGAAACGAAAGACUGCAGAUCACGCUGACGCGCUCGCUGAGUGUGCAGGACGGUCUCGAUGAGAUGCUGGACUGGAUGGGAAGCGUGGAGAGGUCACUGGCCGACCCGGGCCCGGCGCCCUUGAACGCCGCAGCCCUCCAGGAGCUCAUCACUAAGAACAUCAUGCUGGAGCAGGACAUGGCAGGGCGUCAGAGCAGUGUGAAUGCCAUGAGUGAGAAGGUGAAGACGUUCAUGGAGACCACAGAUCCCUCCACUGCUUCCUCACUGCAGGCAAAAAUGAAGGACCUAUCUGCCAGGUUUUCAGAAGCCAGGCAUAAGCACCAAGAAAGACUCGCCAAAAUGGAGGAGUUGAAAACCAAAGUAGAACUGUUCGAGAACCUCUCAGAGAAGCUCCAAACAUUCCUAGAAACAAAAGCUCAGGCCCUCAGUGAGGUAGAUGUGCCAGGGAAAGAUGUUUCAGAGCUGUCUCAGCACAUGCAGGAAUCAACUUCUGAACUCUUAGAACGCAAGAAGGAUCUUGAAGCUCUGCAUGGUCUCCUGAAGGAGAUAUGCAGCCAUGGCUUACCGGGAGAUAAAGCGCUCGUUUUUGAAAAGACAAAUAACUUGUCCAAGAAAUUCAAAGAAAUGGAAGAUAUCAUCAAAGAAAAAAAACAAGUUCUAACUUCUUGUCAAGAACAGCUAGAAGCUUUCCAAGUCCUUGUUAAAACACUGAAGUCAUGGAUAAAAGAAACAACAGAGAAAGUUCCUGGAGUGCAGCCUUCCCUGGGUGCUAAGGAUUUAGAAAGAUCUCUGGAAGAAACUCAGAAAUUACAGGAAGAGUGGAGUUCAAAAAGUACAGACAUUCAGAAAGUCAGCAGUAGUGGGUCCUCUCUGUGUAACCUCAUGAGCACCUUGAGCACGCCAGCCAAAGCCAUGGCUGCAGCUAAACCAGGUGGAUUAAUAUUAAAUGGUGAAGGAACAGAUUCAAACACCCAAGAUUUUUUGGCAAAUAAAGCUUUAACAUCCAUUAAAAAGGACAUGACUGACAUAAGCCAUGGCUAUGAAGACCUUGGCCUCUUACUCAAGGACAGGCUGGCAGAACUGAGCUCUAAACUCUCCAGAUUGCAACGGGCUCAGGAAGAAUCAAGCACAAUGAUGCAGUGGUUACAGAAAAUGAAUAAAACUGCCACAAAAUGGCACCAGACACCAACACCUACCGACGUGGAAGGUGUGAAGACUCAGGUUGAGCAGAACAAGUCAUUUGAAGCAGAACUGAAGCAAAAUGUAAACAAGGUUCAGGAAUUGAAAGACAGACUGACAGAGCUAGUGGAGGAGAGUCCUGAGUCUCCAGAGGCCCCCAAGUGGAAGCGCAUGCUGACGGAGAUAGAUUCCAAGUGGCAAGAACUCAACCAGUUGACAAUUGAUAGACAGCAAAAGCUGGAAGAAUCCUCCAAUAAUCUAACCCAAUUCCAGACUGCAGAGACCCAGUUAAAACAGUGGCUUGUGGAGAAGGAGCUGAUGGUCAAUGUCCUGGGACCCUUGUCAACUGACCCAAACAUGCUGAGCACGCAAAGACAGCAGGUGCAGAUCCUGUUGCAAGAAUUUGACACGCGGAGGCCUCAGUAUGAGCAGCUGGUGGCUGCCGGGCAAGGCAUCCUGAGCCGACCUGGAGAGGACCUCUCCUCACAUGGUGUGGUGAAGGAGCAGCUGGCCACUGUGACCCAGAAGUGGGAUGGUCUGACGGGACAAUUGAGUGACAGGUGUGAUCGGAUUGACCAAGCCAUUGUGAAGAGCACCCAGUAUCAGAGCCUGCUGCGAAGCCUUUCCGAUAAGCUGGCCGAGCUGGACAGUCAGUUCUGCCUGGCCGUGAGUGCCCAUCCGGGCGCUGUGAACCAGCAGCUGGAAAUGGCCCAAAAGCUGAAGCAGGAAAUAGAGCAAGAAAGGAAGCAGAUAAAAGCGGCCCGGGCACUCAGCGAGGACCUGUCAGCACUGGUUAGAGAGGAGUACUUGAAAGCGGAGCUCACCAGGCAGCUAGAGGGCGUCGUGAAGUCAUUCAAUGACAUCGAGCACAAAGCAGAGAAUCACGUCCAGCACCUUCAGUCAGCCUGUGCAAGCUCUCAUCAAUUUCAACAAAUGUCCAGAGACUUCCAGACUUGGCUGGAUACCAAGAAAGAAGAGCAAGUCAAGUUUCACCCAAUAUCAGCUAAACUUGAUGUCCUGGAGUCCUUAAUUAAAGAUCAGAAAGACUUUGGCCAAACUUUGACUGCCCAGUCGACUGUUUAUGAGAAAACCAUCGCAGAAGGUGAGAAUCUGCUACUGAAAACGCAAGGAGCUGAGAAGGCAUCCUUACAGCUGCAGCUCAACACCAUUAAAACCGCCUGGGAUGGACUCAAGCAGCAGGCCAGGGAAAGAGAGAGCAAGUUACAGGAUGCUUUGGAGAAAGCGCUCAAGUACAGAGCGCAUCUGGAGACCUUGCAGCCCUGGAUCGAGGCGUGCCAGCACAGUCUGAACCAAGUGGCAUUCCGACUAGAUCCCGCUGACACUGAGAACUCUCUCGCUAAGUUAAAAUCUCUGCAGAAGGAAAUGGACCAGCACUUUGGUACAGUGGAGCUCUUGAGCAGCACAGCUGAGUGUCUGCUCAGCGUGUGCGAGGUGGACAAGGAGACUGUUAAAGAUGAGAGCACCUCUGUGGUCCAGAAGGUCCGCCUAGUCACCGAGCAGCUUCACAACAAGAAGUCCUCCCUGGAGAACAUGGCCCAGAGGUGGAAGGAGCUCCAGGAAGUUUCCAGAGAUGCUGAAAGGCAGCUGCAGUGUGCAAAGGAACAGCUGAGUGUCCAUGACUCUCUAGGCCCCCAGGCUCACAGCAGCAAGCAUCUGAGCAUGCUGCAGGCUCAGCAGAGGUCACUGCAGGCCGUGGGGCAGCAGGUGGACCUGGCCAGAAGGCUUGUCCAAGACCUCGUGGUGGGGGCCACGGACGCAAAUGGUGCUGCGGAGGUUUUACUGCAGGCAGAGACGUUGGCCCAGGAGCACAGCUCACUGAGCCAGCAGGUGGCAGACAGGUGUUCCUUUCUAGAGACCAAACUUCAAGGCAUCGGACACUUCCAGAAUUCCAUCCGAGAAAUGUUCUCCCAGUUUGCAGAGUGUGAUGAUGAGUUGGACAGUAUGGCCCCCGUGGGGAGAGACAUGGACACACUGCAGAAUCAAAAGGAGGCCAUCCAAGCCUUUCUGAAGAAGCUAGAAGCCCUCAUGGCGAGCAACGACAAUGCUAAUAAAACCUGCAAGAUGAUGCUGGCCUCGGAGGAACCCACUCCGGACCUGGUGGGAAUCAAAAGGGACUUGGAGGCCUUGAGCAAGCAGUGCCACAAGCUGCUGGAUCGCGCGCAGGCCCGCGGGGAGCAGGUGGCGGGGACCACCGAGCGUCUGGGCCAGUUCUACAGCAAGCUGAGAGACUUCUCUGACCAGCUUCGGAAGGCAGAGGAGAGCGAGGAAUCCCAGGGUCCUGUUGGCAUGGAAACAGAGGCCAUCAAUCAGCAGCUUGAGACAUUCAGGGCAUUCCAGAAAGAAGAGAUCGAGCCCCUGCAGGGGAAGCAGCAGGACGUGAACUGGCUGGGCCAGGGCCUCAUUCAAAGUGCGGCCAAGGGCACCAGCACGCAGGGCCUGGAGCAGGACCUGGACGCGGCCAACGUGCGGUGGAAGACUCUCAACAAGAAGGUGGCCCAGCGGGCGGCGCAGCUGCAGGCAGCCCUGCUGCACUGCGGGCGGUUCCAGGACGCCCUGGAGUCCCUGCUCAGCUGGAUGGCAGACACUGAGGAGCUGGUGGCCAAUCAGAAGCCUCCCUCCGCAGAGUUCAAAGUGGUGAAGGCCCAGAUACAGGAGCAGAAGCUUCUCCAAAGAUUGUUGGAUGACCGCAAGUCUACCGUGGAGGUUAUCAAGCAGGAGGGAGAAAAGAUGGCUGCCACUGCAGAGCCUGCGGACAGGGCAAAGGUGGAGAAGCAGCUGGGCCUGCUGGACAGCAGAUGGGAGGCCUUGCUGGAGAAGGCUGAGGCCAGGAACCGUCAGUUGGAAGGCAUCUCGGUGGUAGCCCAGCUGUUUCAUGAAACCUUAGAACCGCUGAAUGACUGGCUGACGACCGUGGAGAAGAGGCUGGCGAACUGUGAACCCGUAGGAACCCAAGCAUCCAAACUGGAGGAGCAAAUUGCCCAGCACAAAGCCUUAGAAGAUGACAUCAUCAUUCACAGUAAACAUUUACACCAGGCUGUUAGCGCUGGCCAGUCCUUAAAGGUUUUGAGCUCCAGGGAGGAUAAGGAUAUGGUGCAGAGUAAACUAGACUCCUCGCAAGUGUGGUACAUUGAGAUUCAAGAGAGAAGUCACAGCAGGUCUGAGCUCCUCCAGCAGGCCUUAUGUAAUGCUAAGAUUUUCGGGGAGGAUGAAGUUGAGCUGAUGAACUGGCUGAACGAAGUGCACGGCAAGCUGGGCCAACUGCAGGUCCGGGAGUGCAGCCCCGAGGGACUGCGGAAACAGCGGGCCGAGCUUCGGGUUCUACAAGAAGACAUCAUGCUCAGGAAACAAAGUGUGGAUCAGGCACAACUAAAUGGCUUAGAACUACUCAAACAAACCACAGGUGAUGAAGUUCUAGUCAUCCAAGAUAAAUUGGAAGUCAUUAAAGCAAGGUACAAAGACAUUACAAAACUGAGCAGCGAUGUGGCUGAGACUCUGGAGCAAGCCCUGCAGCUCUCAGGGCGGCUGCAUACCACACACGAGGAGCUGAGCACCUGGCUGGGCCAAGUGGAGGUGGAAAUGCUCUCCUUCGAGUCACAGGUCCCGAAAGCAGAUGCGGGCCAGGUGCAGGCGAGACAGAAGGAGCUGAAAAAGGAAGUUAAGAACAACAAAGCCUUCCUGGACUCCCUGAAUGAAGUGAGCACUGCCUUGCUGGAGCUGGUCCCCUGGAGGGCCAGAGAGGGGCUGGAGAAGAUGGUAGCCGAGGACAAUGAGCGCUACCGGUUGGUGAGCAACUCCAUCGCUCAGAAGGUGGAGGAGAUUGACGCCGCCAUUCUCCGGUCACAGCAGUUUGACCAGGCGGCUGAUGCUGAGCUGACCUGGAUCAGCAACACACAGAAGAGACUGGUGUCCCUGGGCGACAUCAGGCUGGAGCAAGACCAGACCUCGGCCCAGCUGCAGGCCCAGAAGACCUUCACCAUGGAGAUUUUGAGACACAAAGAUAUUAUUGAUGAGCUUGUAAAAUCUGGGCACCAAAUCAUGACCACAUGCACUGAAGAGGAAAAGCAAUCAAUGAAGAAAAAACUGGACAAGAUACUGAAAAACUAUGAUGCCAUAUGCCAGAUAAACUCAGAGCGGUAUCUGCAGCUCGAACGGGCACAGUCGCUGGUGAGCCAGUUCUGGGAGACAUACGAAGAACUCUGGCCGUGGCUGACAGAAACCCAAAGAGUGAUCUCUCAGCUUCCGGCCCCUGCUCUCGAGUAUGAAACGCUGAGGCAGCAGCAGGAGGAGCACCGGCAACUGCGAGAGCUGAUAGCGGAGCACAAGCCCCACAUCGAUAAGAUGAACAAGACCGGGCCCCAGCUGCUGGAGCUGAGCCCCGAGGAGGGCUUCUCUAUCCAAGAGAAGUACGUGGCCGCUGAUGCCCUUUACAGCCAAAUUAAAGAAGAUGUCAAGAAGCGAGCUGUGGCCCUGGAUGAAGCGGUCUCCCAGUCGACCCAGUUCCAUGACAAGAUCGACCAAAUCCUGGAGAGCCUGACGCGCACAGCAGAGCGACUCCAGCAGCCACCGUCCAUCUCUGCGGAGGUUGAGAAGGUCAAGGAGCAGAUCAGUGACAACAAGAAUGUGUCCAUGGACAUGGAAAAGCUGCAGCCCUUGUAUGAGACACUCAGGCAGAGGGGUGAGGACAUGAUUGCCAGGUCUGGAGGCCCCGACAAGGAUGUCUCUGCCAAAGCUGUGCAGGCUAAACUUGACCGCAUGGUUUCUGUCUGGGAGAACAUCCACGCGCUGGUGGAAGAACGGGAGGCCAGACUGCUGGACGUGAUGGAGCUCGCAGAGAAGUUUUGGUGUGAUCACCUGUCUCUGGUCGUUACCACUAAAGACACUCAAGACUUUAUCCGUGACCUGGAGACCCCCGGCAUUGACCCCUCCAUUGUGAAGCAGCAGCAGGAAGCAGCAGAGGCCAUCAGAGAGGAAGUGGAUGGGCUGCAGGAGGAACUGGCUGUGGUCAUUAGCCUGGGCUCUGAGCUCAUUGCCGCGUGCGGGGAGCCCGAUAAACCCAUCGUGAAGAAGAGUAUAGAUGAGCUAAAUUCAGCAUGGGACUCUCUAAACAAAGCUUGGAGGGACCGGAUCGACAAACUCGAGGAGGCCAUGCAGACUGCAGUUCAGUACCAGGACGGACUACAGGCAGUCUUUGACUGGGUAGACAUUGCGGGUGGGAAGUUAGCUUCGCUGUCUCCCAUCGGAACAGAUCUCGAAACUGUCAAGCAGCAGAUUGAAGAGUUAAAGCAGUUUAAGUCAGAGGCCUACCAACAACAGAUAGAAAUGGAAAGGCUGAACCAUCAGGCAGAACUUCUGCUGAAGAAAGUGACGGAAGAGAGCGACAAGCACACGGUGCAGGACCCCUUGCUUGAGCUGAAGCUGAUCUGGGACAGCCUGGAUGAGAGGAUUGUCAGCAGACAGCACAAGCUGGAGGGCGCCCUCCUCGCGCUGGGUCAGUUCCAGCAUGCCCUGGACGAGCUGCUGGCCUGGCUGACACACACCGAGGGCUUGCUCGGCGAACAGAAGCCCAUUGGAGGGGACCCGAAAGCCAUUGAAAUCGAGCUCGCCAAGCACCACGUGCUCCGGAAUGAUGUAUUCGCUCAUCAGUCCACCGUGGAGGCUGUGAACAAAGCAGGAAAUGAGCUCAUCGCAUCCAGCGCAGGCGAAGAAGCAAGCAGUCUCCAGCACAAGCUACAGGGUUUAAAUCAACGCUGGCAGAGUGUUUUGGAAAAAACAGAACAAAGAAAACAGCAGUUGGAUGGUGCAUUGCACCAGGCCAAAGGUUUCCAUGGUGAAAUUGAAGAUUUGCAGCAGUGGCUGGCUGACACGGAGCGUCACCUGUUGGCAUCCAAGCCUCUGGGUGGUUUACCAGAAACCGCCAAGGAACAGCUGGAUGCCCACACGGACAUCUGUACUGCCUUUGCUGCCAAAGAAGAAACGUACAGGAGUCUGAUGCAGAGGGGCCAGCAGAUGCUGACAGACUCUGCAGAGACCAACAUCAACCAAGACUUAACUCACCUGAGAGAGAAGUGGGAGUCAGUGGAGACCAAGCUCAAGGAGAGGAAAACUAAGCUGGAAGAGGCACUCAGCGUGGCCGUGGAGUUCCAUACCUCCCUGCAGGACUUCAUCAACUGGCUCACCCAGGCCGAGCAGACUCUAAACCUGGCUUCUCGGCCAAGCCUUAUCCUCGACACAGUCUUGUUUCAGAUUGAUGAGCACAAGGUCUUCGCCAAUGAAGUAAAUUCUCACCGGGAGCAGAUCGUAGAACUGGACAAAACUGGAACGCACCUGAAAUACUUUAGUCAGAAACAAGAUGUUGUCCUCAUCAAGAACCUUCUGAUCAGCGUGCAGAGCCGGUGGGAGAAUGUGGUCCAGCGGUUAGUGGAGAGGGGACGGUCCCUGGACGAGGCGAGGAAGCGGGCCAAGCAGUUCCAUGAAGCUUGGACUAAACUCAUGGAGUGGCUGGAAGAGUCAGAGAAGUCUCUGGAUUCGGAACUGGAGAUCGCAAAUGAUCCAGACAAAAUAAAGAGCCAGCUGGCCCAUCACAAGGAGUUUCAGAAGUCCCUUGGUGCCAAGCACUCGGUCUAUGAUACCACCAACCGCACCGGACGCUCCCUGAAGGAGAAAACUUCCCUGGCUGAUGACACCCUGAAACUGGACAACAUGCUCAGUGAGCUCCGGGACAAGUGGGACACCAUCUGUGGGAAAUCCGUGGAGAGACAAAACAAGCUGGAAGAGGCGCUGCUGUUUUCUGGACAGUUCACAGACGCACUGCAGGCCCUCAUUGAUUGGCUGUACAGAGUGGAGCCCCAGCUGGCCGAGGACCAGCCUGUCCAUGGAGACCUGGAUUUAGUGAUGAAUCUAAUGGAUAAUCACAAGGCCUUCCAGAAAGAGCUGGGGAAGAGAGCCAGCAGUGUGCAGGCGCUCAAGCGCUCAGCCCGGGAGCUGGUGGAAGGCAGUCGGGACGAUGCAUCGUGGGUCAAGGCACAGAUGCAGGAGCUGGGCGCGCGCUGGGACUCGGUGUGUGCACUGUCUGUCUCCAAGCAGACGCGCCUGGAGGCGGCCCUGCGCCAGGCAGAAGAGUUCCACUCUGUGGUCCACGCGCUCCUGGAGUGGCUGGCCGAGGCCGAGCAGACCCUGCGCUUCCACGGCAUUCUCCCAGAUGAUGAAGAUGCUCUCCGGACUCUCAUUGACCAGCAUAAAGAAUUCAUGAAGAAACUGGAAGAGAAACGAGCUGAGCUCGGCAAAGCCAGCAGCAUGGGCGACGCCGUCCUGGCCCUCUGCCACCCCGACUCCAUCACCACCAUCAAGCACUGGCUCACCAUCAUCCGGGCCAGGUUUGAGGAGGUGCUGGCCUGGGCAAAGCAGCACCAGCAGCGGCUGGCAGGCGCCCUGGCCGGGCUCAUCGCUAAACAGGAGCUGCUAGAGGCGCUGCUGGCCUGGCUGCAGUGGGCCGAGACCACACUCAGUGACAAGGACAAAGAGGUCAUCCCUCAGGAGAUCGAGGAGGUGAAGGCACUCAUCGCUGAGCACCAGAUGUUCAUGGAAGAAAUGACGAGAAAACAGCCUGAUGUUGACAAAGUCACGAAGACAUACAAGCGGAGAGCAGCCGGGCCUUCCUCCUUGCAGUCCCACAUCCCCGUCCUGGAGAAGGGACGGGCAGCAAGAAAACGCUUGGCCGCAUCAAGCUUCUACCCCUCGGCAUCGCAGACCCCGAUCGAAACCAAGAAUCCCCGAGUGAACUUGCUGGUGAGCAAGUGGCAGCAGGUCUGGCUCCUGGCCCUGGAGCGAAGGAGGAAGCUCAACGAUGCCCUGGACAGGCUGGAGGAGCUGAGAGAAUUUGCCAACUUUGAUUUUGAUAUCUGGCGGAAAAAAUACAUGCGGUGGAUGAACCACAAGAAAUCUCGAGUGAUGGAUUUCUUCCGGAGAAUCGACAAAGACCAGGAUGGGAAGAUCACGCGGCAGGAGUUUAUUGAUGGGAUCCUCUCCUCAAAAUUCCCCACCAGCCGACUGGAGAUGAGCGCAGUUGCAGACAUCUUUGACCGCGAUGGGGAUGGGUACAUUGACUACUACGAGUUCGUGGCUGCCCUGCACCCAAAUAAAGAUGCGUACAAGCCCAUCACAGACGCUGACAAAAUCGAGGACGAGGUCACGAGGCAGGUGGCUAAGUGUAAGUGUGCAAAACGAUUUCAAGUUGAACAGAUUGGGGACAACAAGUACAGGUUCUUCCUGGGAAAUCAGUUUGGAGAUUCCCAGCAGCUGCGAUUGGUGCGGAUCCUGCGGAGCACCGUGAUGGUUCGUGUCGGAGGCGGGUGGAUGGCGCUGGACGAGUUCUUGGUGAAAAAUGACCCUUGCCGGGUUCACCAUCAUGGGAGUAAAAUGUUACGUUCGGAAUCAAACUCUUCAAUUACUACCACUCAGCCUGCUAUAGCUAAAGGAAGGACCAACAUGGAGCUGCGUGAGAAGUUCAUUCUGGCAGACGGCGCCAGCCAGGGCAUGGCCGCGUUCCGCCCUCGGGGGCGCAGGUCACGGCCUUCGUCGCGAGGAGCCUCCCCCAACAGAUCCACAUCGGUGUCCAGCCAGGCCGGGCAGGCAGCUUCCCCGCCAGCCCCCGCCACGAGCACGCCCAAGGGCACCCCCAUCCAGGGCAGCAAGCUGCGCCUGCCCGGGUACCUGUCAGGGAAGGGCUUCCACUCCGGGGACGACAGCGGCCUCCUCACCACUGCAGCCGCCAGGGUCCGGACGCAGUUUGCCGAGUCCAAGAAGACCCCCAGCCGGCCCGGCAGCCGCGCGGAAAGCAGAGCCGGAAGCAGGGCCGGCAGCCGCCGCGGCAGUGACGCCUCCGACUUUGACAUUUCCGAGAUCCAGUCCGCGUGCUCAGAGGCAGAGGCCGCCCCCCCCACGCCCAGGCCUACGCCGCGCGCCGGCCCCCGGCCCUCCAAGAUCCCCACGCCCCAGAGGCGGCCGCCCGCCAGCAGACUGGACAAGGCCUCCAAGAGAUAGUGCAGCCAGCCCCCCCCAGCGAUGAUCAUUGGAGCGUGAACGAUGUAAAGUAGGGCGUAGAAUUACUGUGACAUACUGCAAGAGCAGAGUUUAAAGUUCUGCAGACGGCCUUAUUUGUGUAUCUGUCUUUUUAUUUGGUCUGCAUCCCUCGUGGUCAGACGCACUGGGGUUCAAGUCACAUCCUGUGUGACAGGAAGGAUGCGUGGAGCGGGGGCCGGCCCCACACAGCAGGUAAGUCUCGGCCUCCCCGACAGCCGCAACGCUGCGCGACGCUGCUCCGCAGGAAAGAUACCUCAGGAUGAUUCCUCGUUUCUCUUGGAAAUGCCAAAGCGUGGACAGAAAGACAACCAGGGAUAUCUUUUGAGAUGACUUCAGUGUCGAUCACGACAUGUGCGCGCUCGUGCCCGGCCGGCUGCCCGCGUCCGUGCGGGCCCUGCCGUCCCGGGGGCAUCUCUGCGCCGCUGCCCCCCACGCGCGGAGGCGCCGGCCACCACCUCUGAAGCUAUGAACAGCUCUAGCGUGCACGCGCGUGAACGCGAGGUUUGCUUUUGCUUGAAUGGACAGUAGCACCUGUAUCAUGGAACUCACCUUGUAGUAAAGCAAUUUUGCUUGCAAAAAAACAAAAGCUAUGAAAUAAAACAUGUCCCUAACUACAUUGCUAUGGAAUUAAUUUUUCCCCCUGGGAAAAUUGGUGUAUUUUUUUAUGAGCAGUAUCAAUUUGGAGAGACCAAAAGAUACUUUAAAAAUGGGUUUAUUUUGAUUUCUCAUCUAAAAUAAUCAUGUUCUGGUAUUAUAUCUACCUAUAUUUAAUAAAUAUAUACAUUUUAAUUUAUUAUGUAUACUCACAUCCUAUAGAAAGGUAUUAGUAUGCAUUAAUAAACAAUGUCACUUGAA